AUGGACGCCAAGGAUUCACAGUCCAACCCGCGCAACGACAUUAGCCUCGAGUCGCUGCACCCGAUUGAGCCCAACGCGGAUGGGAACGUUGACGACAAGAAGGACAUACCGAUCAUUGCAUCGGCAUCUCCGCCACCUACCAUCGCCAAUGUUAACAUACUAGACGAGGAAGAUGCGCAGUCGGGCCCUGACUCGAGCCAGGUGGAAAACGAGAAGUUGAAAAGGCGGGCACGCUGGGCUCUCUUCAUUAUGUCCUUCUUCAUGGGAGAUGUUGCGGAUGGGCUCGGCCCAUUUCUUGGCGUUUACCUACAACAACGUGGGUGGGAACCUGGGCUGCGUGGUAUGGUGAGUACGGCGGGCGGUGUUGCUACCAUCAUAGCAACGGGGCCGAUCGGUGCGCUUAUAGAUGCAACGAAGUACAAGCGAUUUCUCGUCGCUGGCUGCGCCCUCCUCGUGGGUGUUUCUCAAGGACUCAAUCUGAUCUCCACACAUCCGGCCCUCGUCUUUUCCACGCAAAUUGUGUCUGCCGUCGCAGGCACAAGCAUGAUGCCUCUUCUCGUGGCGCUCACACUGGGCAUCUGCUCCCCUGACCAAGAAGGCAGCACUACGCAGAACAAGAGAAAGCACAGCUUCCGCGUACUAAAUGGACGAAAUCAGGCAGCUAAUCAUGCAGGCAACAUGGUCAGCGCGGGUCUAGCUGGGGUUUUGGGGUCGAAAUUCGGCUUGAACGCGGUCUUCUACCUCGUCAUGGCAUUCUGCGCAACGACGAUAGCAAGUGUUUUCCUCCUACCGGAGAGAGCAGUCGAUCAUACAGCAGCAAGAGGAGGGCCUGCUCCUGAUCAAAGCGCGGGUAAUGCCCAUCGAACGCAAGAGAGAGGGGAGGUAGACAUCCAUGAUUUCGCAGAAAGGGGCGACAUGCCACCUCCUCAGACUCCGAUUGCCAGUCCUAAGGCCAGCUUCCGUCGAUUGAGUCUGAAGCCCAAGUUCACUUACAGCUGGAUCAAGAUCUUUCAAAACAAUUGGCCUCUCGGUAUUGUCGCCAUCACAAUAUUCAUGUUCCACCUCGGCAACGCUGCAAUUCUCUUCCUUUACGGCCAGGCCUUGGUGGCCGCAGGCGAGGGAGAUCCUGCCGCAACCACGGGCCUAACCGUCAUCAUAGCACAGGGCACAAUGGUCAUCGUCUCAAUCCUGUCUGCUUGGGCAUCCGGCCGUUACGGCUACUGGUCAGCUGUUCUGCUCUCGUACUGCGUCUUGCCCGUCCGCGCCGCUGUCGCAGGCCGUGUUAUGAAGGGCUGGGGCGUGUGGCCAGUCCAGAUCCUCGAUGGCAUUGGCGCAGGUAUUCAAAGCGUAGCAAUUCCAGGGUUGCUAGCCGUUAUGAUGGCUGGCACUGGGCAUGUAAAUGUCACUAUGAGCAUUGUCGGUGGCAUCACUCGACAGACUGGUGCCGCUAUUUCGCACUCGUUGGCUGGGUGGGUGGCGCAGGCCAGGAGCUACAGCUUUGCGCUUUACCUGAUGGGUGUCUUCCCUCUUGUCUCUGUAUUCUUAUGGGCUAUCUUUUAUAAGAUCCUACGGCCGGUGAUGGACAAGAAACUUGAGGAGACCAAUACGUAG